ACGUUCGAGUAUGGAACGUGGCAGAGACACCAGCCACAGUGCCCCUGGAUGGAGGAACCCAGCACUUUCUGAGUGUCUUCUCGGUCCACGAGAGCAGGCCCAUUUUUACUCUGGGAAAAGAGGACUUCAGCUUAUCCCAUAACCAAAAGGGCUUAAUGGCAGUGAAUGCACCCGAUCCUCUUCCGGCUUUUGAGGAACACAAUUUCACACUCACUAUUACUCCUAGUUCACCCAGAUUUGUUACCUGUUAUAUAAAGUUAGGGGGAGAUAAUAACACCCAGAUACCCGUUGCCAACGAAUUACGGCGAAAGUUGACGGUGAAGAGCAGUGGAAAGCAGUUCUACCUUCUUCUUCGUCAGCCAUCAUCCAGUUCUUCAGACCUCUUGUUAUUAUCACAUGAAGACGGCGACGGCGGGGCUGUGGUGGCACUGUCGCUAUUGUUAGCGAUCGCGGUCUUGGGGCUGAUUGGUGUCCUCUUCUACAUCUGGACAUUAAAGAAAACGAGAGCAACCCAUUCGGAUGAAGAGGAACCGCUCAUCGAUAGAACACAACCAUCUGUACGCGAACAGCCGUCCCUCCUGUUGGCAGCGGUGAUAGAGGACAACAUCCCGCGGGUCCGGGCACUCCUCUCUGACAGAGACAACAUUGACAGCGCACUGGUCGAGGCACAUCUUCUGAGGCGAACAAACGUCAUCCCGAUUCUGAAAGAGGAGUCACAGCUUAAAGAGAAUGAUGUCAUCAAAAAGGUUCUGAAGGAGUAUCGUCAGCGGGAGGAGGAGUUAAUGGUGGCAGCAAAGAGCGGCAGCUACCGGCUCGGAGUGGAUGCUUUGCUGAGGCGCAACGAGCUUCCGGCCACACUAAGGGAUGCCGAGGGAAGGACCAUCCUCCAUCACGCUGCCUCUGCCAGAGACACCAAGGGGGCGCCCUUAUGGACAGCGGACAACAUUCGCUCGUUCCUCGCCAACCACACCUGCUUCGUCAAUGCUGUAGAUUAUCAAGGACGUACAUGCCUUCAUCUCCUGGCGCAGGAUGCUGCCAUGUCCUCUCAUGAAAUCACAUGGGAUGGUCUUCAUGUCACGGUUUCUAAAGCUUGGCUCAGAAUGGCCAAGCUCCUUGUGCUACAUGGUUGCCGUCCCGGACCAGACUCUUCCGGAGAAUUCCCACAUGAAUCGGCAAAACGAAAUGGUCUUCUUAAACUUGCAACUUAUCUAGAACAGGCAUAUCAACACUCAGUCCGUGUCAAAAGCAAGGAUGCCAGUCUGUUUCAAGAACUGGUGACUGCAGUUCGAGGAAACAGCGUGAAGGAAAUACGGAAUCUGUUGUUGCGCGAGACUCACCUCCUUCCGCUGGACGCCAGACACGACCCCUUGACGGAGGCUGUGCGACGAGGCCACCUGGAGGCCGCCACGAUGCUGUUGAGCGCUGGGGCCCCGCUCUGUGGGCGGCCAUUGGUGUCCAUCACACCCCUGGAGGCUGCCCAUGGCAAGGCUGACCUCCCGGGACUGCUGCCCGCCAUCCUGAGGAAGGAAUAUGUGAAUAAACUGAAGCAUGAAGCCAACAUUAUCAAAGGAGGCGGAAGAGAGACUCAUCUCCGAGAUAAUGUAGAAAAACUCGCAGCAGAAUUAGAUGAUGUUGGACCCAAAGCCACGUGGGUGUUCUUGAAAGAUUAUGAAGACAGAAAAGACCGCAGUAAGAUGGCGCGAGAGCUACUGUGCGCAGCCGCCGGACUUGGGCUUCCUCUCACGUGCCAAAUGUUCGGGCUGGAGGACGUCCACCUUCACCCUCUCCCUCGAGAAGCGAACCCCGUGAGCAGCGCUCUGAAGGCCAACAAACAGGAGACGCUGUACGUCUUGUUCAGAGAUCUGCACAUGUCUCUUUCUCUUGGGAGUGAUAGCAGGCUUCCGCAGGAAUUUCUUGAUGAAGUUUUGGGGAAUGAGAUUAAGAAUUUCGAGAAACAUUGUAAGAGAAUUAAAGCAUUUGCUGGAAAGAGUGGAGCCUCUCUAAAAGAAGAAUUAGACAGGGCGUUAGAAGGUUCUUUAAAAGAUAACAUUUCGAAAGACAUGUUGCUGAUUAUCUCCAGAUAUGGCUUAGUCUUGCUUUUGCAGAGACUCAGAGGAUGGAUUUCUUUUAACACAAUGGUUCAUGACCUAACUGGAUUCACAAUGCUACAUAUAUCGGCAUUAUAUGGAACACUGGCUAUGGUAGAGUACCUGCUCUUCAAUGGAGCAGACAUUGCCUGCAAAUCAAGGGACGGGUUUACAGCAGAGGAAGUGGCAGCAAUGAAAGGGAACAGGGAAUGCAUGGAGUACCUCGAAUUUUACAGACUGCAUGAAUCGAAUGAUGCGAAUAAAACCUCGGGCAGUGACCUUGCAAAUGUACUGGCUGAGGGAUACAAAGCUCAAGUAGAAGACUUUUCGACUCUGCUUCUCCCUGAAGAAUUUGGAAUGGGCAUUCUGAGUGAGCCACAAGAAUCCACAAUGAUGAAAUUACUUCUGAAGAAAAAAAUUGAAAAACUUGGGAUCUCGGAUAAUGAUAGCUUCAGAAGAUUCAUUGAAAAAUGGAGGGUAGAACCAGUAUCUAAAAAUGUAAUUGAAGAAGAGGUAAAAAAUAUACUCAAAGAAGUUGUAGAGAAACCACAUUCAAAAUUUAUAGGAAGAAUCAUUCAAAGACACUCAGAAGCAAUUCCUGAAGGUAACUUCCCUUAUGAUUCACUUCAGAUAUAUUGGCAAGUUGACUCCGAGUUGUAUAAGGAUUUUCAGAUCAGACACAAUAGUAAAGAUCGAUCUGUAUGUUCCAUUGAUGUUUCUCUGAAAGAUGGAACAAAGCCUCCUUGUCUGAGUCGCUUCAAAGAAGAUUUCUACACAGAAAUCAGAGAAACACUAUUGACCUAUAAGUUCAAGACGCCCAAUGUUUGGCUGACUUACCCUUGCAUUUACAUGAUGUUCAUUGGUGUUACAAUUUACUUACUGUGGCAGGAUGAUAAAGGGAGAACCCGCCAGGUGAGAGUACUCAUUGUGCCUGUGCUGAAAACAGACUACCCAGGCGACGCCUCUCCUCCUCCUCUAGCAAGUGAAUGUCUGCAACAAGGAGCGUCAGUGUAUGUUACCAGCAUUGGCGAAGGACGUCAGUGGACGUACGUCAUGACACAAUUGGAGGAAAUGAUAUUGUAUCAAUUAACGGAAGAAAAGAAGUUGGUGCUUUUGGCUUGUAAGUUCCUUGAAGCGGUUCUCAAUCCAUGUUGGUGGUUCCCCCGGGAACAAAGUCGACGGCAUGGAAGAACUUGGCGUUCGUAUGCUGUCAGCCUCAGCGGCCUUGCAGACACCCGGCAGCUCUUGACGCUGUUUCUAGAGGAAGUUUCAGAGACUCGCGAUGAACAAUGGGAGCCAUCCAAGUUCCUUGAGAGAGUUCUGUCUGUAUACCGAAGAGCAACCCGGAAGGGUGAGGUCCGGGCUGAUGUUAAGAUAUUUCUUGACCCCAAACAUAGUGUAUUUACACCAUCUGACCGUGUUUUGUCAGUUACUGAUUUUCUCAGCACUUUGAUUACGAAGUCUUGAUAUUUAUCAAUUACAUAAAGCUGCCUUUUAAACUGAUCCUUGAUUAGAAUUGUAAAGAAAAAAAUGUUCAUAGGGCCCAUAAAAUUCCUUUAAAAAUAUAUUUUUUUUUUGACUGUG